AUGGAUGGCGCCGACCCAGUCCACAUACUCACUGGGGAGCAACUCUACGACGUGAAGAAGGCGGGGCGUCUGCGGGCGGCUCGCCUGUACCGUGCUCAAUGCCAGCGCGACCAAGCCGUCGCCGACAACCAAGCCGCACGCCUGCGCCAGAGCCUUCGCAAAAUGCCCGGCCGGGUUAUUCGAUUACGAAAGCAUUUGCGCGCUCUGGACGCCCUUCCCACCUCCGUUCGCACCUCCCCCCGCUUCGCCAUCGGGUCUCAGGCCCAGAAGGCUCACGCUCUCCGUCUUGACAAGUUCAAGACUCUGCACAAGCUGCGUGCUGUUGAAGAGAAGCAGAAGGAGCUUGGGGAGAAAUCGAAGCGCAUCAAAGCGUACCUGUUCGCAUUGGAGCGCGAGUCCCACCGUGAUGAAUGGAAGGCCGGCGCCUGGACAGGCCCCGACGCCCCGUCCGACGUCACUGGGGAGACCUCAGACUACGCCGAACUUCAUCCUCCUGACAUGGUGUACGAGAGGAUGGGUUGGCCGGCGUCGGCAUAUAUUCAUCAUGUCAUCAGGAGUGAACGCGCGCUUCGGCGCGCGUAUGAAGCGCGGCGAACACUAAUCGAGGAGGGCUAUGAGUCUGAUUCAACCGACAGGAUGGGCAGCUAUGUCGGCCGCGUUGAGGAGUAG